AUGAAGAAGAAACUCAAAUGUAAUCAUCUGAAGAAUGAACAUUUUUGUCACAUCAACUUUGUCGCAGUUUCAGUAUUUUCUUUUUUUGGCUUCGCGAUAAAACAUUACGGGAAAAAUGUCAGAAUCACUUAUCAUAAUAAUCAUCAUCUUACAUCAUCAUUUCAGGCUGAUAAUGUUGAUGUUAUUUACAAUGCAUUGUGGAAUGAAGAUGAGUGGCAAUGCUUUGGAGUGGGAAAAGAAAACAAAUUUUCUGAUUGA